AUGGCUCAGUUUAUUUGGUUUGCUGGUUUCCCACAUCCAGGCCGUUACGCCCUGAGCCAGAACCAUGAAGGAUUGGCGUUUCAACGCUCAAACAUUUACUUCCUGUUGCUGAGCAGCUGCCGUUUCUGGCCAGACCAUCCUUGCACCUCCUCCUGCCGGCCGGGUCGGCGCCCCCCGGAGGCCUGGAGGUUCUCUAACUCCUUUUCCCCUCCCUCUGCAGGCGUGGUCGUCGGGGAAGAUGAUUGGACGGCGGACUCCAGGAAGAAGAAGCCGGUGAAAGGCAGCAGCCGGCUGUUCAUUGGCGCCGCCAUCGACGGGAAGUCGGAGUACUUCCCCACGCUGUCCAGCAGGAAGCUGGUGGCCGACGAGGAGAACAACGACAUGUUCUCGCUGGUCUACCAGGACGAAUUUGUGUCGUCGCAGAUCAAGAUCCCGUCGGACACGCUAUCCACCUACCCGGCCUUCGACAUCUACUACGUGUACGGCUUCUCCAGCCGGACCUACGUCUACUUCCUGACGCUGCAGCUGGACACGCAGCUGACCCAGAUGGAGGCCGGCGGGGAGAAGUUCUUCACCUCCAAGAUCGUGAGGAUGUGCUCCAACGACACCGAGUUCUACUCGUACGUGGAGUUUCCCCUGGGCUGCACCAAGGACGGCGUGGAGUACCGGCUGGUCCAGGCCGCCUACAGGCAGAAGCCGGGCCGGCGGCUGGCCCAGGCGCUCGGCCUGGGUCCGGACGACGACGUCCUGUUUGUGGUCUUCUCACAGGGCCAGAAGAACCGCUCCAACCCGCCCAGAGAGACGGUGCUGUGUCUGUUCACCCUGCAUGACAUCAACCUGGCCAUGAGGGAGCGCAUCAGCUCCUGUUACCGCGGAGAGGGACACCUCACGUUGCCGUGGUUACUCAACAAAGAGCUGCACUGCAUCCACACUCCAAAGCAGAUCGGGGAUGAUUUCUGCGGCCUGGUGCUGAACCAGCCGCUGGGAGGCCUGAGGGUGAUAGAGGGACAGCCGCUGUACGAGGACCGGACCGAGGGCAUGGGCGCUGUGGCCGCCUACACCUACGGAGACGACACCGUGGUGUUCGUGGGAACCCGAAGCGGACAGCUGAAGAAGAUCCGAGUGGACGGCGUGCCGCCGCCGGCCCAGAAUGCCUUGCUGUAUGAGACGGUGGCGGUGGCGGAGGGCCAGCCCAUCCUGAGGGACAUGGUGUUCAGUCCAGACCACCGCAGCAUCUACCUGCUGAGCCACCGACAGGUGACCAGGCUGCCGGUGGAGAGCUGCCAGCAGUACAGCAGCUGCUCCGACUGUCUGGGAUCAGGAGACCCGCACUGCGGCUGGUGCGUCCUCUUCAACAAGUGUUCCAGGAAGGAGUCAUGUGACCGGUGGGAGGAGCCUCAGCACUUCAACACCCGUCUGGACCAAUGCGUGUUCAUCUCGGUUUCUCCUAGCAACAUGUCCGUCACCUCUCCUCCCACUCAGCUGACCAUCAGGGUGCAGAACGUCCCGGAGCUUUCGGGCGGGGUCACCUGUGUGUUCGAAGACCUGACGGAAACACCUGGACAGGUGCAGACAGAAGGUCAGGUGGUGUGCAUGUCGCCGUCGCUCGAGGAGCUGCCAGCACAAGCUCCUCCCUACGGGGAGAAGCGUGCGGUCCAGCUCAGCCUGCGCUCCACGGAGACGGGUCUCCGGUUCAUCUCCACCAGCGUGGUUUACUACAACUGCUCUGUGCUCGGCUCGUGUACUUCCUGUGUCAGCAGCAGCUUUCCCUGCCUCUGGUGUAAAUUUCGCCACAUCUGCACCAACAACCUGAAGGACUGCUCCUUCCAGGAGGGCCGGGUCAGCAGCAUGGAGGGCUGUCCUCAGAUCCUCCCCACCGCCGACAUCCUGGUUCCGGCUGGGAUGGUGCGUCCGAUCACGCUCCGGGCCCGGAACCUGCCGCAGCCGCAGUCGGGUCAGAAGAACUAUGAGUGCGUGUUCAGCAUCCAGGGCAAGGUGCAGCGCAUCCCCGCCGUGCGCUUCAACUCCUCCUGCAUCCAGUGCCAGAACACCUCGUACUGGUACGAAGGAGAUGAGGCCGGAGACCUCCAGGUGGACUUCUCCAUCGUCUGGGACGAAAACUUCCUGAUUGACAAGCCCACCUUCAUGAAAGCGUUGCUGUAUAAGUGUGAAGCGCAGCGCUCCAGCUGUGGCCAGUGCCUCAAAGCGCCCCCUGUGUUCGAGUGCGGGUGGUGCGUGGAGAGCAGGAAGUGCCUCCUGCGGCAGCACUGCCCCUCGCCGGAGCAGAACUGGAUGCACCACGGCCGCCACAACCUGCGCUGCAGCCAUCCGCGCAUCACCAAGAUCGACCCGCUGACCGGACCCCGCGAGGGCGGCACCCGCGUCGCCAUUGAGGGCGAGAACCUGGGUCUGCAGGUCAAGGAGAUCACGCACAUCCAGGUGGCCGGCGUCCGCUGCAACCCGGUGCCGUCGCUGUACGUCAGCGCCGAGAGGAUCGUGUGCGACAUGGCCGAAGCCCUGCUGCCGCACUCGCCCGGCGGGCCGGUGGAGCUCUGCAUCGGCGUGUGCAGCGCCGAGUACCGGACCCUGUCCACCCAGACCUACUCCUUCGUGAGCCCAAGCUUCACCCGGAUCCGCCCCCUGAUGGGGCCCGUCUCCGGAGGAACCCGGCUGACAGUGGUCGGGCGACACCUGGACUCCGGCAGCGGCGUCUCUGUGUUUGUCCACAAGGAGGAGUGUCUGUUUGUGAAGCGCACCAAUCGGGAGAUAGUCUGCAUAACACCCGCCUCGCCAACCGGCGCCGGCCUCGCCCCCCUGCGCCUGAUGAUCGACCGGGCCGAGGUGACCAACAGCGAGGUCAGCUACAGCUACAGCGAGGACCCGACCGUCUCCGGCAUCGAGCCCAACUGGACCAUCCUCAACGGCAGCACGCUGAUCACGGUGACCGGAACCAACCUGCAGACCAUCCAGGAGCCAAAGGUCAGGGCCAAGUACGGCGGCGUGGAGACCAGCAACUACUGCACCGUGGUCAACAACAGCACUAUGACCUGCCUCGCUCCCGGCCUCGUCUUCAACAAGCCCGACCCGCCGGAGGGGGCGCUGCGGCCCGAUGAGUUCGGCUUCAUCUUGGACCAGGUGUCGUCUCUGCUGGUCCUGAACUCCACCCCUUUUACCCACUACCCCAACCCGACCUUUGACCCGCUCGGCCCCGCCGGGAUCCUGGAGGUCAAGCCGGGCUCCCCCAUCAUCCUGAAGGGGAAGAACCUGAUCCCGGCGGCGCCCGGCAACGCCCGGCUGAACUACACCGUCCUCAUCGGAGAUUCGCCCUGCCUGCUCACCGUCUCCGAGAACCAGCUGCUCUGCGACUCGCCGGACCUGACCGGGGAGCAGCGGGUCGUGAUCCAGGUGGGCGGCCUGGAGUACUUCCCGGGGAUUCUCCACAUUUACUCCGACAACGCGCUGACGCUGCCCGCCAUCAUCGGCAUCGGCGCGGGCGGCGGCGUUCUGCUCAUCGCCAUCAUCGCCGUGCUCAUCGCCUACAAGAGGAAGACCCGAGACGCCGACCGGACGCUGAAGCGCCUGCAGCUGCAGAUGGACAACUUGGAGAGCCGGGUGGCGCUAGAGUGCAAAGAAGCCUUCGCCGAGCUGCAGACCGACAUCCAGGAGCUGACCAACGACAUGGACGGAGUCAAGAUCCCCUUCCUGGAGUAUCGGACCUACACCAUGAGGGUCAUGUUCCCCGGCAUAGAGGAGCACCCGGUGCUCAAGGAGCUCGAUUCUCCUGCCAACGUGGAGAAAGCUCUGCGUCUCUUCAGCCAGCUGCUCAACAACAAGAUGUUCCUGCUCAGCUUCAUCCACACGCUGGAGGCCCAGAGGUCCUUCUCCAUGCGGGACCGAGGGAACGUCGCCUCCCUGCUGAUGGCCGCUCUGCAGGGUCGGAUGGAGUACGCCACGGUGGUGCUGAAGCAGCUGCUGGCGGAUCUGAUAGAGAAGAACCUGGAGAACCGGAACCACCCCAAGCUGCUCCUCAGGAGAACAGAGUCUGUUGCUGAGAAGAUGCUGACCAACUGGUUCACCUUCCUGCUGCAUCGCUUCCUGAAGACUUCAGGCUGGGGUCCCACUGGGCUCCUUAACUGAACCUUUAGAGAUUCCAGGCAGCAGGAGAGAUCCAGAGAUGUUCUGCUGCUGGUUCUGGAGCUGGAAUUUUGUAGAAACGGAUCGUCUCUCCCUCAGACGCUGAUGUGCAUCCCUCCAGAGGGCGAAGCCGGAACCGAGGUACCGGUGAAGGUUCUGAACUGCGACACGGUGACCCAGGUCAAAGACAAGCUGCUGGACGCCGUCUACAAAGGAAUCCCGUUCUCCCAGCGGCCGCAAGCCGACGACAUGGACCUCGAGUGGCGGCAGGGCCGGCUGACCCGGAUCAUCCUACAGGAUGAAGACGUGACGACCAAGAUAGAGAGCGACUGGAAAAGGCUGAACACGUUGGCUCACUACCAGGUAACAGACGGCUCCCUGGUGGCGCUGGUCCAGAAGCAGGUUUCUGCCUACAACAUCGCCAACUCCUUCACCUUCACCAGAUCCCUCAGCAGAUACGAGUCCUUACUGCGGACGUCCAGCAGUCCCGACAGCCUGAGAUCCAGAGCUCCAAUGAUCACCCCAGACCAGGAGACGGGAACUAAACUUUGGCAUUUGGUGAAGAACCACGAGCACAGCGACCAGAGAGAAGGAGACCGGGGCAGCAAGAUGGUCUCUGAGAUCUACCUGACCAGACUGCUGGCCACCAAGGGGACGCUGCAGAAGUUUGUGGACGACCUUUUUGAGACGGUGUUCAGCACGGCCCAUCGUGGUUCUGCACUGCCGUUGGCGAUUAAAUACAUGUUCGACUUUUUGGACGAGCAGGCCGACAAACGGUCAAUCACCGACCCAGAUGUGCGGCACACCUGGAAGAGCAACUGUCUUCCUCUCAGGUUCUGGGUCAACGUCAUUAAGAAUCCACAGUUCGUCUUCGACAUCCAUAAGAGCAGCAUCACAGACGCCUGCCUGUCGGUGGUGGCGCAGACCUUCAUGGACUCGUGCUCGACGUCCGAACAUCGGCUCGGCAAAGACUCGCCGUCCAACAAGCUGCUCUAUGCUAAAGACAUCCCCAACUACAAAAGCUGGGUGGAGAGGUACUACAGGGACAUCUCCAAGAUGCCCAGCAUCAGCGACCAGGACAUGGACGCCUACCUGGUGGAGCAGUCCCGUCUCCAUGGCAACGAGUUCAACACGCUGAGCGCGCUCAAUGAGCUCUACUUCUACAUCAACAAGUACAAGGAAGAGAUCCUGACGGCGUUGGACCGGGACGGUUACUGUCGGAAACACAAGCUGAGACACAAACUGGACCAAGCCAUCAACCUGAUGUCCGGCAGCAGCUGAGACGGCGCCGGACCGAUUUGGGGCCGGGGUUUGGGGGGGGAUGAGGUUCUGCUGAUCAGCCGGACCGGACCGGACCGAAUCACCAGCAGUCGGUCUGUCAAUUUAUUUAUUGGUCAGAUGGAUUGAUUGGACCCAGAACCCAGCGGAGCAGAACCUUUCCUGAGACUCGUGGAGCCAGCCGGACCUCAACAGGUUCUACAGCAGAACCAUCUGGACCUCACAGCGAUCCGGUUCUGAUCCAGAACAAGUAUCGGAUUCUGGACAGUCUGAAGCUUUAAUGAAGGAGGCGGAGCCUAAACGAACGUCAGGUGUCGGUUCUGUUCCGGUUCUGUGAACAAUCAGCACAGCACACUGAGCCCGAUCCGAUCGGACCCCCCGGCCCCGCCCCCAGCUCCUCAUUGGUCAGUCCGCUGGCCGGGAGGACGCACUGCCUGACCAACCAGACUGUGGACAGAACCUCUGAAUACAUUCCAGCACAGCGACGCUGUCCGGGUCAGAACCAGAACCACCUGGGAUCUGGACCCGAUCCAGACUGGACACACAGCCAUGCUAACGGCGCCGAUGGGGAAAUACUGUGCAGAGCUACAAACCUAGUGCCAUGCAAAGACCCGACCAGAACUCCCUCAGGACUGGACCGGACUUGGACCAAAUCCGGUCCAGAUCCAAGAGAGUGGAGCUGAACCGGGUCGGAUUCCUAGAACUUUUGAGACUUGUGGCCAUAAUUGUAAAGAAGAAGAAAAUGAAGCUCAAAUGAUAAAAUCUAAAAAAUGUUCAAAUGUAAUCAGAACCUUUUGGACUUUACGGACCAGAACUUGUAUAAAGCGGAACAUUACAUCUGAGUCUGACGGUACCGACAGGCCCAGAACCCUGCAGACCGGCCCGGACCGAGCCACAACAAUCCUGCUCUACAGAUCCAAACGGGCUUUUUGGUACUUUUUUAACGAGCAGAACCGGAGCUCAGCGGGUUUAAUGGCUCGGUCCGGGAACCGGGUUUGGACCGCCUGAGGCUCGGCAGGAGACGCUCCAUCUGUGUUCUGGAACAUUUACACAUCACAGCGCUGGUUCUGGCCGGCUCAGAGGUCCGGUUGCUCUCCGAUGUCACAUAGCACAGCUGGUUCUACCAGAAUCUGGUUCCGGUUCUGUUCCAGUUGAAUCGUUUCCACUCGGGUCCAGAAACCCAGUGGACUUCCUUCCUUCAGGUCGAGUUUCAGAACCAGUUUGGGGAAAAAAGAUGAAAAUUUUAAUUCAUGUUUAAUAAAUGUUGGAGUUUAGCUUCGUUUGCAGCAGCUGCUGCCCCCUGGCGGUCGGGUUGGGAACAGCAGCUGCAGACGGUUACAGGUGGAGCCGGUGACCUCUGGAUGACCUCUGACCUCCAGGUGCUUGGUGUGAAAUGUUGCAGCUCGUUUAUUCAGUGUGGGCCCAAAAGGACCAGAUGGAGGGCGGGUUCUGCGUUGUCGGUAGCAGAGGUCGGGCUCUGAAGCCACUAGCGUACCAGCACCACUGUCGCCCCCCACUGGGCGUCUGAGCAGAAAAACCAGCCAAUCACUGAUCAGAUCUGGAGCUCCGCCCACUUCCUGUUGUUCUCCACCCAAACCAGCUAAUUCUGAUCUGAGACCUGAUGGAGGAAAGCAGGAUGAACGGAUGCAGCUUCUCAGAGAUCUUCCUCCACCAAACUUCUCCGCGUCCUGCUGAACUUCAUAAAGGAAACGUUCUGUCUCCUUGGUAACGAGCUAACCAAUCAUGAGCCUCUUUUCAUAAGCAGAUUUCAAAGCAGAUCAGUGAUUCGCUGGGAUUCCUAUGUGGGAGGGCCAGGUCUAAUUCCUGGAGUCUACAACAGGGACCUCCAGACUGUAUGCAUCCUUGCUCCAACACGCCGCUACCAAUGAAUGGACCGGUACCGGAUCGGUACCGGAUCGGUACCGGGCCUCUGCUGAACUGGAUGGCUCCAGGAAUUAGACCCGGCCCGAGUCACACAGACACUCGGUGGUGGGAUAUUUAUUAUUUUAUUUAUUUUUGUGAUGGAUUUUAUUUAUUAUGGGAGGAUGGAGACGUUUGUCAGAGACGAUCUCGUGUCCCACCUGGGGGACGGACCGCCAUCAUGUCCAGAACCGCUCUGGACUCUUCGUCCUGACGAAGAGGAGGGCGGAGCCAGCAGAGGGGAUCCGAACACCUGAGCAGACCGUACCUGGUGUCUCGGGUCAGGGGAGGGUAGCUUUCAGGCUCCGCCCCCUCCUCUGCUGUGCUGCAGCACUGCCUGUGAUUGGUCGAUUUCCCUCAGGUGAACUCUGACAUCAGAAGCUCCUCCUCUCCUGUUUCAUCCAGCUGACCCGGCUGCUGUGACGCCAUUGAUCAGGUGAUGUGGUUCUAGCACCUGAUUGGCCGCCUGCGGGUCACAGCGCCACCAUCAGGCCAUCCGUCGCUCCCCCUGGGGACGUCUUUAUUCCCCGAGGUGCAGCCAAGUCCAGGAAGUAGUCGGGGCCCAUCUUUGGUUCCAUUCGCCAUUGCCUUGUUUUUCUUGUGGUUUUGCUGAUUUGAACGUCGAUGCCUCAAAAUGGCCGCCGUCUGUUUUUCUAUCAUUGCCUUUUGCUCAGUUUGUAUAUUUGUGUGAUUUCACUAAAUGUAAAGAAGAAAACUUG